GAGAGAGGCAGAGAGUUUACACAGAGUGGCUAUGAGAUCAGAUGGGAGGCAGAUAGAGAUGGCGUGAAACAGAUGUGGUGAUGAUUGUGGGUGGGGGGGGGGGAGAUACACACACUAACACAACGUCCACAUCGACACAUGCACACACAUACCAGCUCCACUCAAUCAUCUCCAUCUCGGUCCAAACCACAUAAUAUCUCCGGCUGAGCCAGUCGCUGAAUUACCAUUAAUGGGACAUUAGGAGACAAGCUGCAGGAAGCUGGGGAAGACGAGCUGCAGGAAGCUGGGGAAGACGAGACGCAGGAAGCUGGGGAAGACGAGACGCAGGAAGCUGGGGAAGACGAGACGCAGGAAGCUGGGGAAGACGAGACGCAGGAAGCUGGGGAAGACGAGACGCAGGAAGCUGGGGAAGACAAGCUGAUAGGAAGCUGGGGAAGACGAGAUGCAGGAAGCUGGGGAAGACAAGCUGCAGGAAGCUGGGGAAGACAAGAUGCAGGAAGCUGGGGAAGACGAGCUGCAGGAAGCUGGGGAAGACGAGACGCAGGAAGCUGGGGAAGACGAGACGCAGGAAGCUGGGGAAGACGAGACGCAGGAAGCUGGGGAAGACGAGACGCAGGAAGCUGGGGAAGACGAGACGCAGGAAGCUGGGGAAGACGAGCUGCAGGAAGCUGGGGAAGACGAGACGCAGGAAGCUGGGGAAGACGAGACGCAGGAAGCUGGGGAAGACGAGCUGCAGGAAGCUGGGGAAGACGAGCUGCAGGAAGCUGGGGAAGACAAGCUGCAGGAAGCUGGGGAAGACGAGACGCAGGAAGCUGGGGAAGACGAGACGCAGGAAGCUGGGGAAGACGAGACGCAGGAAGCUGGGGAAGACGAGCUGCAGGAAGCUGGGGAAGACGAGCUGCAGGAAGCUGGGGAAGACAAGCUGCAGGAAGCUGGGGAAGACAAGCUGAUAGGAAGCUGGGGAAGACGAGAUGCAGGAAGCUGGGGAAGACAAGCUGCAGGAAGCUGGGGAAGACAAGAUGCAGGAAGCUGGGGAAGACACCAACAGGUACUUCACAGUAUUUCUAUUUAAUUUUUUCUAACACAUUUGAUAAACAGGUGCAAGAUAGAAAUUGGCCUAUAACAGUUAGGAUCAGCUUGAUCUCCCCCUGUAAAUUAAGGAUGCACUGUGGCUGCCUUCCAAGCACCUGGAACCUUCCCAGAAAUGAGAUGGGCUGCAAACUUAUAGAAGAUUAGAAUCUAAAACAUCUGACCCAG